AUGCAGGACGGCGCGGCCGCCAUUGAGAGGCAUGAGACAGGCCACGUUUUGAGUGAAGUUGAUGCAUUUCGAGCUUUCCUAGGCCUGGGGCGGUGCCUGCUGCAUGUGGACGGGAACCGGGUCUCCGUCAACUUUCCGACGCGGGAGGUCGAGUGCAAGGAUGAGGCAAUGGCACAGCGUGUGCGGAUGUCCCUGAGACGCUGCGAGCGCGCGCUUAGACCGAUCCCCGUUUUCUGA